AUGGCCACGCCUGGCAGCGAUCACACGUACGGCCAGCAGCAGCCCAACUCCGACGACGGCUGGUUGGAGAGACGCACGAUGGCGUCCAUCAUCCUCGUGGGAUUCCUGCUCAUCGUGGUGCUAGCCAAGGCGAUCCACAGGUUGUGCUCGCACCUGCAGGUGCAGGAGAGGCCGGAAGGGGUCCGUGGUCCGGCCCCGAACAACGCUGGUGCUGACCCUGCUCAAGUGCUGAAGAAGGUACAUGCGGCGGGGCCGGUGGUGUGCGUGUACCGGAGGAGCGACGGGUGGCUGGAGGCCAUGUGCCCGGUGUGCCUGUCGGACUUCGCGGACGGCGAGGCCGUGAGCGUGCUGCCGGCGUGCAUGCACUACUUCCACGCCGCGUGUGUCGGCGAGUGGCUGCGCGCGCGCGCCACCUGCCCGCUCUGCCGCGCCGCGCCGGCAACAUCCGGUGUCGUCUGA